AUGUUAUUCUUUAGUAUUGCUCUAGUCAUCAUCAUAAUUUAUAGCAUCUAUCGUCUUUACAAUCAUUUCUAUCCAACGUUGAAUGUCAACUCAAAUGACAAAUAUGUACUGAUAUCAGGAUGUGACACUGGUGUAGGCUAUUCCCUAGCUCUGCAACUUGAUCAGCAAGGUUUUAAUAUACUUGCUGGAGUAUAUCUUCACGAGAAUAUUACAUCAUUAACAAAUCAACUUUCAUCCAGAGCCACUGUCUUUCAUUUGGAUAUUACCAAACAAGAUGACAUCGAUGCUGCACUACAGUUAGUACAAAAGAAAACGAACACUCUCUAUGCACUCAUCAACAAUGCCGGGAUCAUUACACACGGAUGCAUUGAUUGGACAUCCAUGAAUCUAAUGCGUCAAAUUAUGGAUGUGAACUAUUUUGGACACGUUGCUAUGACGAAAACGUUUUUACCUCUGCUUUUAACGAAACCUUAUUCGCGUGUGGUGAAUAUGUGUUCAGCAACCGGUUUCUUCGCCUUUCCAAAUACGUGUGCCUACUCUUCAUCAAAAUCUGCACUGGAAGCAUUUUCAGAUUGUCUCCGAAGAGAAAUGAGACCGUGGGGUCUGCAUGUGAGUAUCAUCGAACCUGGUACCUUACGAACACUGAUGACUGAAAAUUAUGAAAAAAAUUUACGCGCUCUUUGGAAUGGACUUUCCGCUGACACUCAACAACGAUGGGGCAUCGAAUUUUUGAAUAAUAUCAUUCAACAAUCGUUAAGCAGUCCGUUUAUUAAAUAUGCAGAUAGUCCAUUAACUGUUGUCAAAGCCAUUCAACAUGCGGUGAUGAGCACAAAACCGUGUAUUCGUUAUCGACCGGGAUGGCAAGCGAAAAUGAUUUUUGUUGUAUUCUAUCUUCCUCCAGUUUGGUUAAUUGACAAACUCUUAGCGAAAGUAUUACAUUUCAUUCCAGCUGAACUACGAAAGCAACAGUCGAACUAG